CAACUUCCUCCGCCGUGUUGGAAAGGAAAGGGAGACUGCUUUACUGGAAGCUUCCGGUAUGGGAGAGGCGGGAAUGACUCUGAAAGAAAUUAGAAGAGUCUUUCCGAGUCCUCCCAUACCGCAGAUUUCCAGUAGUUCCUCCCUUUACUUAUCUUCACUAUUCCAGCAGCUCUGGAUCACCAAGAUCUAUCAUCCUGUGAGGUAGAUCUGGUCAAGUCUGAUGCUUUGCUCAUAUCGUACAUGGCCAAGUCUCUUAGCUAAGGGAUACGAGCAAUCGAUUCUCUGCAGAAGUUCUCCAGUUUCUUCUCGGCAACAGUAGCAUGGAGGAGAUGCCCACUUCCUCAUGGGAGAAUCCCUUUGACAGAGUUAUAGCUAAAAUAACUAGAAGAAAGCUAUUUUAGCCUGCUCAUGCUCUCUCUGAAACAGGGAGUGAGUUUGCAGAGAGUCUUGCAUACAGAAGUUCAUACUGAAAAUUAAUGAUUUUAAUUGCCUUCUUUCAAUUCUUUGAAAAAUUUUAAAAAAAUUAUUUUGAUGCUGUGGUCUUCACAUCUAAUUCGAAUUUCAAUCCUUUCAAGAACAAAAACAAGCAGAUAUAAUAUUAGUCUCUGAAGACAAGGAAGAUUUGAGAAACUUCAGGUGAAGAUUCACUAAGAUGGUUUUCUAACAAAUCAAGGCAGUUAAUAGGAAAUUUCGAACACCGAAAUGCCUUCAUGGCAAACUAGUAAAAGUCAUCCAAGAGAUUGUUUCCAAAAUGUUUUGUUUUUCUGUUGGUAUAUUAAAAUCAUUAAAAAUAUAUAAAAAAUAUUAAACUAAAACUAAAAAAAAAUUAAAACUUUUAAAAAGCUUUGGUUCCACAAGUUCAUCAUCUGAUGAUUCAUGUUUAUAUCAAAGCCUUUAAGCAUCACAAUAGCAAAACAUGAGUUCAUGAACAUGAAUCAUAAGUUAUUCUUAAAUUAUAAAUCCAGGAGCUAUAGUUAUUUUGAUACUAUGAUAAGUUUUAUUUCAAAAAGUCUUGCCUUUGAUAAAAAUAAAGACAGUUUUCGUUCAAAAUAAUACAUGAAUAAAAAAGAAAUUUUUGACUGAAAAUGCAUUUUUUACUCUAUAAUAUAAAUCUUUGAAAUUGUUACAAAUAUUCAUUGUAAUUUAUAUAAUAUUAAAUUUUGAACAUGGUCUCUCUGCAUUUCAUGAAAAAAAAAAAUAACUACAUAGCUAAAAAAAAAGGUGUUAGUUAAAAAAAAAGGUGUGUAAGAAUAACACUAAGAGGUGUAGCUCAACUAGUUAGAUUAUGAAUUUGCUUUUCAGAGAUCACCAAUUCGAAUCUCACAAAUCUUAGAAUCACUGGAAGCUUAUGAGAUUGUUAACUUUAGAACAUGUGAGAUUAAUCAAGGUACACAGAAACUGGUUUAAAAUCUAAAAUCCUUUCCAUGUUGGGUAGACCAUGCUUAAUGACCGCAUCACUUUGAUUUUUAUAUAUAAAAAAUUAUUAACUUAGACUAAUCGAGGUUAAUGUGAUCUGGGCCUUAGCUAGCUGAGCCCUAAGGCUUCAAAUAAAAGCUCACGUUUUGGAGAAAAAUCGUUGUCUAUCCUUCUAGUCCAGAGGGGAAGCCCAUUGAGGUAAAUUCUAGCCCAUCCAUUCUUUGAAUUCAAGAGAAGGCCUAAAGAAAUUUCAAACAAAACCCACCCGAUCAAAACACAACCCUCCAGAUCACAUUAGCGAAAAACACCUAACAUUAUCUAACGUGCACUAGGGUCAGAAAUUAGGGUUUAAGGAAUUCCAGUAACUGCUUUGAGGAGCAGACAUAGGACACACACUCACAUCUAUAAAUAAAGCUCUUUACUCAACUUUGAUGCAUGUUCUUGUUGAUUGCAAGGGCUGUCAACCGUAUAAAAGAACCUCUUCUUUUCGCUUCUUAAGAGAUUGUCUUUUGUUGAUAAAAGCAUAAGAGCAAUGGCAGGGGAAGAUCUGGAAGAUUAUACCAUUAUUAAAGAAGGAGAGGCUGAGAUACUUAUGAAUGUUAAAAACCAAGUGUUUUACAACAAAACCCAGGUUAACAACAGAGACUUGUCUAUUGCUGUCCUGAGGACAUUUGUCUCCAAACGCAAAGAGGAGCAUGAAGCAAAACUGUCCAAAAGAACAAAAUCAGCAGAUAAGGCAUCUGGCAAGGAUGCAUCUGAGCCUGCUGUAGAAGAAGAAUCUAAUGGGUCUGCUUUGGAUAAUGAAAAAUCUAAUGUUGAAUGCGAAGUGCACAAAGAGAUAUCUCAGGUUGAACCUUGUAGCAUUUCAGAAGAACCAAUGAAGUCCGCAGAGGGAAAUCAUCGAGGGGAGCUGAAGCCACCAAAAGUUCUUGAGGCAUUGUCAGCUUCCGGGUUAAGAUCUCUAAGAUAUGCUUGUGAGGUAGAAGGGAUUGGUAAAGUAGUGGCCUUGGAUAAUGAUAAAGCAUCAGUUGAAGCUUGCCAGAAAAAUAUUAAGUUCAACGGUUCGGUGGCAAUUUCAAAGGUCGAAUCACAUCUUGCUGAUGCUCGUGUAUAUAUGCUCACUCACCCCAAAGAAUUUGAUAUGGUUGAUCUUGAUCCUUACGGAUCACCUUCAGUAUUUUUGGACUCUGCAGUUCAAUCUGUUGUUGAUGGUGGAAUGCUGAUGUGUACAGCAACUGAUAUGGCAGUGCUCUGUGGAGGCAAUGGCGAGGUUUGUUACUCAAAGUAUGGUUCUUACCCAUUGAGAGGGAAAUACUGCCAUGAAAUGGCCUUGAGGAUCCUCCUUGCCUCAAUUGAGAGCCAUGCAAAUCGCUACAAGCGCUACAUUGUUCCUAUUCUGUCUGUCCAAAUGAACUUUUAUGUUCGGGUUUUUGUUCGUGUGUACACUUCUGCAAGUGCAAUGAAAAACACUCCUCUUAAGCUCUCGUAUGUUUAUCAAUGCAUUGGUUGUGAUUCUUAUCAUCUUCAACCUAUUGGGAGGACUGUCUCCAAGGAUAGCAGUGUAAGAUAUCUACCUGGGUUUGGUCCUGCUGUUCCUCAAGAGUGCAGUGACUGUGGGAAGAAAUACAAUAUGGGUGGACCUAUAUGGUCUGCUCCCAUUCAUGAUCAAGAAUGGGUGACUUCCAUACUCAAAAGUGUGAAAUCAAUGAAGGACCGAUAUCCUGCUUAUGAUCGCAUAUCAGCUGUACUAACAACGAUAUCUGAGGAAUUGCCUGAUGUUCCUCUCUUUUUGAGUCUGCACAACCUCUGUGCAACACUAAAAUGCACCUCGCCAUCUGCAGUAAUUUUCCGUUCUGCUGUGAUCAAUGCAGGAUAUCGUAUCUCUGGGACGCAUGUAAAUCCCCUGGGGCUAAAAUCAGAUGCCCCCAUGGAUGUCAUUUGGGACAUAAUGAGAUGCUGGGUGAAAAAUCAUCCUGUGAAAGCUCAAGCGCCUGAUCAGCCAGGCAGCGUGAUACUUGCAAAAGAACCUGUUCUUCAAGCCAACUUUGCCCGAGCAGUUGCAUCUCUUAGCAAGGCACAAGCCAAGAAGGUCGCACGUUUCCUUCCGAAUCCUGAAAGACAUUGGGGGCCAAAACUAAGGGCAGGUCGUCAAAUUACCAGCAAGCACAUUUCUCUUUUGGGUCCAGAGGCAGUGAAUGAACAUCUUAACCAUGAAAACAGUGAAGAGCCUAAAGCCAAACGUCCAAAAACAGAUGAUAUCAGUGAUCCUACCUCAAGCUCUUAAGAAUUAAGCCGUUUGAUGCUACAGAAGUCAUCUGUUUUAAUGUUCUCUGCAUAGCAGGUGGUUUCACAUACCACUAAAUUCUUAGAAGCUGAGAAAAUUUUGGUGAAUGUGGAAGCAAUCUUGUGUUUCUUAUCCAUAGAACCCCUUGCCAUUGUUUUAGUGUCAGAUGCUUUUUAUUACAUUAUAAAUUCUUUUGCUUUUGUUAA